AUGGUAGUAGGCCCAACAACCCCCAUACUAGUAAGUAAGGAGAAGAUAGUCAAGACAUCGAAUGUUUUCGAGGCUCUAGGUACUUUAAUUAAGGAGGUUGACAAUGUUCUCAUCAUAGGGAACGAUAUUAGCCCACGAGUUUGAUGACACUCCCCCAAAUAGGGGGGCCUACUACUACUUCAUCCUCAACUAGCUCCUCUCUAUCCAUCAGACCUUCACUUCCUACUACCUUUCUGUCACCAACUAGCUCCCCUUCAUCCAUUAGACCCUCUCCACUCUCACAUCUUCUAUUACUUAUUAGCCCCCUAUCGCCUAAGUCUACACCCUCCCACACCAUACCUCGCCCACCCUCUCACCCCCCUCCAUCACCUGAUAAGGUCCCUAAUAGGAUCCCAUCAGGUACAUCCCUAUCAAACCCUUCUUUUCUUUCCCUUUCUCUUUCUCUACCACCCCACCCUCUAGAUCCAUCAUUGAGCACACCCUUAGAGAGCUUGAUAGAGUGUAAGAGCCCUAGCAAGGGAGAAUGCUCGAUGAAUCAUUGAGUAAUCUCCCUUUCAUUCUUAGUGGAGGACACUAGUAAGCGUUCUAUAUCGAGUGCUGAGAACUCUAGAUUUGAGUCCUCGUCGGAUUACCCAAUUGAGGGCAUUGAUCUUUAGAGAGGGUACUAGACAGAGGUGGUAGAUAAGACCUCACAACGACGCUCUCCAUAUGUCAUGAGAUUUAGGACUUGGGGCAAUAGCCACCACCACCCAUGAUACCUAGCCUUAUUUGGAAUUAUAGAGGGUUAGAUAACCUUGAAACACAAUCCCACAUUAUUGAACUCAUCAAUAAGUACUAAUUAGGCUUAAUCAGGCUUAUUAAACCUAUGAUACCAUCAAAUCAUAUUCACCCAUUACUUAGACGCCUAGGCAUAGAUCAGUUUCAUUCUAACCUUACGAAACAUAUCUAGUUGUUUUGAAAAAGAUCAUAUUCUCUAUAAUUACUAGUUGAAGGGCCACAGCAUGGCCAAGAGCUUAUAUUCUCGGUCAUUUAUGUUUCACAUAGACAUUAAGAUCGUGAGACUCUUUGGGAAGACCUAGUAUGAUAUAUGCGAGAUUAUCUCAUACUAGUUGAUUCUUCUUAGUUCAUAGUCGAAGAUUUCAACUACAUAUGUAGAGUCACUAAACAUUAGAGGGGGCAGGUCUCUCGGGCCCAUCACAUGAAAAUGUUUAAUGAUUUUAUUUUUCAUGUGGUCCUCAUCGAGCCUCCUACUUUAGACGAGGUUUAGACGUGGUACAACGAGAGACAAGGAGGUGCAAAGAUAUAUGAGCGCAUUGAUCGUUGCUUCACUAAUAACAUUACAUCAGUACAAUGUCUCAUAUUAAUCACACUCCUACCUUGCUAUAAGUCAGAUCACAUGCCGAUCCUCAUUGUCUCUGACUCGAGAGCUAAUACCCCUAAACCCCUUUUUAGGUUUUAG